CCCAAGCUCAGUGCCAUGGCUCCAGCUUCUAAGAAGUGGCCCGUCACCUUCGUCCAGUGUGUGGGAUCUGCUUUCUUCCUGCUCCAGGUUGCCUCUGUCAAAGCUGACGGGAAAUUGUUUGCCCUUGGACCUAGGAAUGGCUCCCAGAAUCUGGACUUAGCAAUGGCUCAGCAGUCAUGCGCUGCAGGAGGAGCUCAUUUAGCCAGUGCAGAAGAACUGAGAAGAGCCAUAAGGGAUUGUUCCUUUGUCAUCUGCACCAGAGGCUGGCUAGCAGAUGGCUCAAUUGGGACAACUGUGUGUAAUAGGACAGGCAGCAGGCCACAGAGUGUGAAAGUGAUCGAUAUUCAGAUUGAAAUGGAUCCCUCACCGAGUGGCAGAUACGAUGCUCUUUGUGUGAAGGCUGAAGGUAAACCGUGUGGGGAUCCUCCCUCCUUCCCUCACACCGUUCUCCAUGGCCACACUGGGUUUGAAAUGGGAGAUGAGCUGCACUAUGUCUGUGCCCAGGGAUAUGUCAUGAGUAACAAAGACACUGCUUUCACUCUGCUCUGUCACACCUGUGGAGAAUGGUUUGGUCAAGUCCAGGCUUGUGUCAAAGAUGAAACUGAGGUACAUAUUGAUUAUGAAGAUAAUUUUCCUGAUGACCGAUCUAUGCCUACUGAAGAGCACGAUGCAAAAGAGACAGAGGAAAAGGAGCCAGAGAAAGCCACAGAUAAUGAGAAGACUCAGUUUGCUUAUGGUGACAACCACAUUGGUGUGAAAACUAUGUAUAAUGAACAAGGCAUCAAAAUGCUAUAUGAAGGUGAGGACUUCCCCAUGGGGCCUACCAUUGUGAACAAUGACACAAAAGCAGCAAAAAGUACAGACACUAAUACAGAUGAAUCCUGGCUAGAUGGUUACCCGGUUACUCAAGAAGCAGAGGAAGAGGAGGGGGAUAAAAUUGAUGGAUCCAUGGGGAUGGAAGAUGACAUUACAACUGACCAAUCAAAUUACGUUGGAGUGAGAAAAACAGGUGGCAGCAGCCUGGAAAAGGAUUUCAUACAGACUGGGGCAGCCCCACCACUGACAAAAGAUGAUGAGAUCAAAAGGACAUUAGUAACACUACUGCCAACAAGUGGAACAGAGAAUAUAAGCAUAAGCAAAGGGUCUGAUAAUGUCAUCAGUUAUGCCCCAACGACACCUAUGGUAUUUGUUACUCAGGAGUUGGCAUCAGUAACCACAGUCACUAACUUAAAUUUGGCUACACUGGAGACCUCAACAGUGCUCCAUCUUGUUGAUCACAUUCAAUUGCCAGAGGAAGAAGAAAUUAUGACUUCCCCGAUGCAGGCGGUUACUACUGUGCCUUCUCAAAAUUCUUUUACUGAUACAUCAGCAGAUGCUGAGAGAGAGACUCUUACCUAUGGACUAGGUGGAAAGCCUUUGACCACUUUUGAACCUUGUAUAGGGGGAAAUUGUUCCAGCCCAGACAAAGGCUCCAUGGUGGCCAUUGGGGUGACUCUUGUAUGCUUGCUUUCACUUGCUGCAAUCUUGGCAGUGUGGUGCUUCAAGAAACGGCAACACAAAACCUCCGUUUAUAAACUGAAUGGGAAAGAACAUACUAGGCACCAGCUGCAACAGAUUGAAAUGCAGAAAGUCUAAUCUAGCAGUUGACGCUAUUGGGAAGAAAUGAAAUAGAAGGAUAAAUGGAUACUAAUGUCCACUAGUUCAGUAAGUAACAACAGAAAACCUGUGUGAAAAUCAGCAGGACCUGCAACUA